CUGCGGAAGACUUUUUAGGUUCGGUUUUUACAACAAGCGAGUGGAAUUUGUUUUGGUGAGGACGGAAGAGGAUUUUGUAGUGGUGAUGAUGGUGAUUACUGACAGCACUUUCUAGCCGAUCCAGUUGCAUGGCCUUAGAGCCAGUAGUUACACAGAGAAUGGGUCCAGAGAGGAUCUGUCCAAAUGAGCAUGAAGAGCUGGGGCUUCAAGAACCAUCUGAUGGAAUCCUUGAUCCUGUUGGGGAAUGGAGUAGUGAAGAACCGGAGGAGGAGGAGGAAGAGGGUAUCAAUAAUGGCUAUGUGUAUCAGCCACUGAACCAAGAACCAGAUCAGGGACCAGCAACACAUGAAUUAACAGUACCUAGCACAGAGCCAGCCUUUGACAUCAAUGAGCGACUUCAGGCAAUGAGACUGCAUCUGCCUGACCCACCCAUCGACAGUGAUAAUGAGGAAGAGGAGGAGGGACUUACAGCUCAAAGCAGUCGCAACUCAAUCCCCAUGGAUCCAGAACAUGUGGAGUUAGUGAAAAGGACUAUGGCUGGAAUCAAGCUGCCUACACUGAGCAUCCCUGCAUGGGCCAAUGAGAUAUCCGAUGAGCAGUGGCAGGAUAUGGUGCAACGAACACUGCAAGACAGACGAAGUCAGGAUGCCUUUAAGCCAGAAUGGAAAUGAAGAGCCACAGUGAACUCCUUGCCCACAGAGAAAACAGCUAAGCCAGACCUACUCUGCUUUAAGCUAUCUUUCUCUAAAGGGGUUGGGUAGAUAUUUCAUCUUUCUCUAGCACUGAACCCGUCAAUUCAUCUGGUAAAACUGAAAAUAAUUCAUCGGUUGUCUGUGAUACUUAGUUAUAAAUGCUUAGUGGUGGUGACCACGGGUGAGGCGGUUUUCUUAAUCCUGAGAAAAAAGGCCUUUUGGACAUGUGUUGUUUAUGAGGAGCAGUCCAGUGUAUCAUCUUUUCAAGAGAUCCAUUUUAUUUAGUUCUGUACAUACAGGGACAUCUGUACAAAAUCCAACACUGUCAUACUAUGUAAUACUCUACUGAAAAUAAAGUACACCAUAUGUACAUAAUGAAUUGUAAAGCAGCUUCAUACUUGUGUCCAGGGAGUGAAUGCAUCACUUAGUUGCUUUUUUCCCCCUCUUGGGAAGGGCUAUAUAAGACAUGAAAGAGGCAGCUCCAACCCUGUCCAUGUAAAAAGUAGGGAAGGUAAAAGCUGAAAUAGGGACAAACGCAAGUGUUUUAGGUAGAGCUGGAUUAAGGUAGAGCAUAACUGGAAGUUGUGUGGCUGAGGUGCUCGUUUGGCUUGAAGUGUGAUUUUUUUUUACCUCUUCCAUAUACAUCUUCUCUGAUAUUUAGAUACAUAGGACACUCAAAUGAAUUGGCAGCGAACUAAAUUUUAAUAUUAGGUCCCAAACACAAGUUCCCUGAUCCCAAAGAAAGAUUAGACAAAGCCUAUAUUUACAUCUAAGUGUACAGCAUAUGAUGCUCAAUUACAGCCCUGCUUCAUCUAUGCAAAACUGUAACAGGCACAAAAGUGCUGUGUAGCAUACAUGUGGGUAAUGGAAGAUAAUCUCCUAUGGUCCUUCUCAUUUACAGAGCCCAACCUUGAGGGGGAAUAGUUAAACAGACAAUCACAUUUUGGUGUUGAAGAGCUCCAAGCUUACUUUUGUUCCUCCCACAGCUAAACCACACUUUGAAAGACCAGUGGCUGAAUGUGCAAGGCCUCAUUUUUGUUUGAUUCUGUCACCGAACUGUCAGGGGCAUCUUGCAAAUCAAAUGUAAGUCCCUGUUUAAUUUUCUUCCAUUUACUGCUUCAACUGGUACCUUGCAAGGGGAUUAAAAGAUGUCAUUAUUAGUAUGAGAAACUACAGCCAGACAGAGCAUCUUGAACAACAGAUACUGAAAGUAUUUUGGCAGCUGACAGUGGAGGUUAGCAUCAUCAUAUAUUCUAACAUCUGUCUCAAUUCUAAGUGCCUGUCCUCAUGUAGUUAAAAUACUACCAUGUACAAAAUAAGGGUUGCCAAAAUAAAAAUGCUCUGCAGGAGGGAAAGAAGCUUGUGAGAACUCCAGAAACAGUCCAGUGAAGACUGAGCAUGCUCAGUGACCAUGGAAUGCUGAUGGACUAUUAGUAGGGGUGGAAAAAUGAAGAAUUCCACAGAGAAGAGUAUUGAGGAAUAUGUCAGACUGCAAUUUGUUUGGCUUUGCAUGACGGGUAAGCCCAGGCACUGCAAUUUAUUCAAUUCAUGGUUAAAAGAAAUAAUAGCUUAGCAUGAUAUAUGAACCCAGCCUACGGCAUGAGUAUCAGUAUAGAAAAUUGGCAAAUGUCCACUUGUUUUUUAAUUUCAGUUUUCUAAGAGUUAAAACAUGUCUCUGAACAGGUGAAAUGGGUGAAGAUUGAGAUGAAAUAUGUUACAAAUAAACUUGACAAAUUAUUCAAGGUACAGUGGAAACAGAAUGGUAUAAGUAAGUAGACAAGACAAAAUUACAUCACAUAAAGAUUUAAACAAAGAAUAUGAAAUGGGGUGGGAAAAGGCUCGCAGUCCAGUUCAAAAUCAUUACUUCUCUGAUAUUCCACUGCUUCCCAGUAAUGGAGCCCCUAAAAGAGCUGUAAAGG